GUAUUCUUAUACGACUCAAUGAUCACGACUGGUGAAGAAAUCCGAUGUUUCUGGGGACGGAAGAUCACAGGAGCAGCCAUCUUGUUCUGGCUCAACAAGUACAUGACCGCGCUCUAUUUGGUUUGGGACCUUGCAACAGCAUUGAGCAUAUCCAACAAGGCACGUACUCCGCUCUUGCUAGGAAUGAUGAAUCUACAUAUAUCUUGA